AUGUCAACUGAAGAUGGUGAUGGACAGGUCAUAUGGGCUAAGUUUUCAUCAUUCUUGGAACACAUGGCCAAUGUUCAUUCAAAUCUUCCCAAUCCCAUUUUCAAUGCCUGUGCUCAUGGUGAUGACAUUGAGGAAAGGAUGUGGCUUAAUAAAGAGUCAGUUGUGUAUGAGAAAACACAAGCUGCUCUUUUGAAUAGCAAUCUGAAAAGGGGGAUGUAUUGCAGACACAUUUUGGCUGUUUUGCAUUUUAACAAUAACUUGAGGAGAGAUGAGGUGAUUGUGAAAGUUAAGAAACAAGUUAAAGUGGUGUACCCUAAAUUUAAAAAUGGUGAAGCUACAGUAAGAAGUGUGAGAGUUCAUCAAAUUUUUGAUUAUAUUGAUGAACUUUAUCACACAAUGAUGAAGGCUACCAAAAAGCAAUUUGAAAAGGCAUCUGAAGAGUUGUCAAAUAUGUCUCCUGCACCAAUGCAUACAAUGUUUGAGAGACAAUCAAGAGCAAAGGCCAUUAAAAAGAAGAUCAACCGCCAGAAAAUGGUAGUUGCAAAUGUACCACCCACCAAUGUCCAACCAACAGUGUCAAAUAACAUCACCAGUGAAGAAAGAACUCGUCCACACUGUCGAGCAUGUGGGAAAGCAAUGAAAGGCCAUCAAUAUGUCCUUGACUGUCCACGGAACAAGAAUCCAAAAUGAGGGUGAAUAUUGGCAUACAAAUAGUAAUUUAUUCAUCCUCAAGUUCAUCAUCAUCAUAACCUUGGAAAUC